AUCUAUAUGUACGUACACUACAUUGUUCUUCUCAAACAAACUUUGGAAUUCUUGAUCCCAUCUAAGUUUAACAUAAAUCCUUAAAUUAAACCGCCUUCAAACAAUCAUAAAUUCCGAAAAUUGAAUCUCGUUUUUGGUUCUCAAGAAUCACCAGAAUCUUCUCAUUGCCAGCCUUUUGUAGUUCUUGUUUCCUAAGAUCAUGAAGAGAAGUAUUUCGAUGAGAAUGAUCUUACCCAUGAUGAAAAAGAACAAAGAUGAACAAGAUGUAAAUGUUAAGAAUAAGCGGCUUUUGAUCACUGUGAAUGUUGCUGGAAGUUCUGGGCCUUUGAGAUUUGUUGUGAAUGAUGAUGAUAAGGUUUCGACCGUUAUAGAUUCAUCACUAAAGCUGUAUGCUCGUGGUGGCCGCCUUCCUAUUCUUGGGUCGGAUUUCAACAACUUCAUACUUUAUGCAUCCGACGCAGAAUCAGCAUUGAGUUCAAGUGAAGAAAUAGGAUCUUGUGGUGGGAGAAAUUUCGUGUUAUACACGAAGAAGAACAAUCAAGUACCUAAAGCAAGUUCAAGGAUGAUUACACGACAACAUAGCGGACGUUGGAAGGCAUGUAUCAUUUGCUUAGCUCAAUAAACACUGCGCCUUGAAAUAGGCGAGUGCCGCCGUAUAAAACUAAACUUAAAGAUACCUAGAUCAACGUAUGUUUGGUCAUCAGAUCAUAGCUAUGAAACUUGAAAAUGAAAAGCAGCGAGCCCCAGUGAGACUUGAAUCAAGUGAAGCUGAAGUACACCUAGAAUCAAAUGAUGUGAGUUGGUGUUCUAAACUUUCUUCUUCUUCUUCUUUUUAAAUCAUAUUACCAUGUAUUCAUCUUGCGUUGUAAUGUUUAUAAUAUCAUUAUCCAAAGAUUAUGCAUUGGAAGAAUAUGUUUA